AGCUCCCUCCGCCGCCGCCGCCGCCUCCUCUUCCUCCCCCCGCCCCCUCCCUCCCCUCCCGCCCCCCUCUCACUGGGCCCUAGAGGAGCCCCCACCGCAGCCCGCCCGCCCUCCGCCGCCCCCAGGAUGGACAGGAACUACGCGACCUCCAGCUUCGCCGACCCGCCGCCGCCGCCGCCCGCGCCCCCCGCCGCCCCCUCCAGCGCCGCCGCCCCAGCACCCCCCGCCCCCGCCUGGGCCUACGAACCCCGAGCCGCGGCCGCCGCCUCCAGCAGCCGCGGCAGCGGCGGUAGCAGCCCCAGCCUCAAGGCCAGUUUAAGCUAUGAAGAAGGACAUCCCUCAAACUCUGAAACAGACCUCCUUCAGAGACAGACUUUUGCAGCCUCUCAUCAGCUUCCUGGAUAUGCUGCCACACCUCAGCCAACUGGUCUUUCUGGAGUUUUUGAUACUAGUGUGAAGAGUGCCAGCACUAACACUAAAGAACCUUCGGUGAUGAAUUUUCUCUCUGCUGUUGAGUCCCGACCUGCUCAGGCUGCUUGUCCAGGAACUACUCUUUUACCACAAUUCAGGGCCCCAUCCUGGCAGACAGGUAUGCAUUCCUCAGCACCAACUGAGCUGUUUGUUACUGGACCUUUGCCAACCACUGGAACACUUCCAUCCCCUGCCCUCCCUGCUUAUCAGCAUCCUGCCACCUUCAGCAAUAGAAACUUUGCUACCACCUCACCUUUGGUGCUUCAGGAUUCAACUUUUAACACUACAUCAAAUGGAAUUUUAAGUCCUCAUGAUCCUUUGCUUCAAAUCAAGACUUCCCAGGGAACUGUUCCAACUGCUUUGACAUUUGAGCGCCUGGGCAGUUCUGCGAUAAGUAACAGCAUACCACCUCAGUCUUCAACGUACCGCUCAGCUCAAGAGUCUGCACCCCAUCUUUUACAACCUCAGUUUAGUUUGUUGCCUUCAGCACUUGGAGGAGCCCAGCAAACUCCUCAAGCCUACGGUUCAACUCUCUUUACUAGUUCUACUGCUUCCAUUGAAAGAGCUCUUCUCCGAGAAUGUAGUGUUAUUAAACACCAUCAGCGGCCUUCAGGUACCCAGUCUAUUCAGGCACAACUGACUGGUUCACAGCAUUCCUUACACAGUUAUCUUUCAAAUGCAAGUGGGGUUAAUUUUCAGGAAACAAGCAGGCAGUCAUCUUUAUCCUGUAGCCCGAUUGGAGAGUCUACUCAGGUGAGCAGUGGAGGAUUGCAACAGAAUCCCUCCCAGGUCUCAGCGGAACUUGCUCAGUCCUAUUCAUCUGCAAUUCCAUCGUCAGGGUAUCCUCCUCCUGCAAAAGUAAAAAGCUGUUCUACAAAACAACCACUAGCAUCAGCCAAGUCCCCCAAACCUCCAAGUAUAAUUCCUCCUGUGCAAACACUAAGCUAUUCCAAACCUUUACAUAACCAGAGUUCUGUAAUAUCAGGCCAAGCACAGAUUUAUUCUACAGCGCAGCUACCAAGCCUUUUAUCAGUUAGUCAGUCUCAAAAUUAUGGUGUAGUACAGCCACAUAAUGUGCCAUCUAUUGUUCAUUCACAGGUUUAUAGGUCCAGCAAAGUUGAGAAGUUGCCACCUUUGUAUAAAACAUUGACUUUUUCUGGCUCGUCUCAGACUAUAACUUCUGAAAAUUCAACACUUAAUUAUUCUUCUAAUCAGCAAGAAGUGUUAUCUUCAGUUACAAAUGAGAAUUACCCUGCUCAAGCAAGAGAUGCCUCUUCAGAUAGCCAGUCUCAGAGUUACUCAUCUGGUCACUCUCAGGGUUUAUCACCAGUUAGCCAGACACAGGUUAGUUUUUCAUCUCAGUCACAAGUUUUGUCAGUUGUUAGUCCUUCAGAAAGCUAUGCUUCAGGUCAGUCCCUAACAUUAACAGCCCCUUCUCUUUCUUAUUCUUCUGCUUCUCGGGCUCAGAAUAUGCCAGAUGCUAGUCCAACUCAGAAUUUUAUUUCUAUGCAUUCUUCCCAAAAUGCUCAGACCCAAGGGUCAUCAUCUCCCCAGUCUCAAAAGUUUUUGCCUGCUGUCCAGUCGUCAUCUUUUGCAACCUCCACUCAUUGUCAGACCUUACAGAAUAACCUACCUUCCCCUGAUCCAAAGUCUUAUGCUGAAAGAAAACUUGACGCAAAUGUUUAUACAUCUUCAAAACAAGAGGAUGAUUUUCCAAUGCAAGAGUUACAGGUAUUACAGCCACAAGUAUCUCUUGAGUCAUCAACCCAAAGGCUGUCUGAUGGGGAAAUGAACGUUCCAGAGUCAGCUUAUAAGGUGUCAAAGGCAGAUGACAGAUAUUCUCAGAGCAUAAUCAGAAGUAAUUCCUGUCUUGAAGAUCAGGUGGUUGGUAUUGCUCUACAAGGGUCUAAAAAAGAAGAAAACAUUGUUGGAUCAAUGACACAACUUAACCAACAAAUUGGCCAAGUCAAUAAUUCUGCAACCCUUGAUAUUAAGAAGACAACUAAUUUAAUGCAAACUCCACAAAUACAGUUGAAUACUAAAGACCUAAACCAGCAGCAUUCUCUUAUACAGAAGGUACAUGAAGCCAAGGUCCAGGAGCAGCAUGAUCAAAUAAUUAAUGCCUCAUCUCAGAUUCAGAUUCCGAACAAUGCUUUAGGGCAUGGCCAUCAGGUAUCUCUUCCUAAUACACAGGUUCUUUUAGAUUCUGCCUGUGAUCUACAAAUUCUUCAGCAGUCAAUAUUGCAGGCAAGUUUAGGACAAGUAAAGACAUCUUUACAAGUACAGCGUGUUCAAAGUCCUCAACAAAUAGUACAUCCUUUCCUUCAAAUGGAUGGUCAUAUUAUUCGGAGCAAUGGCGAACAUUCUCAGCAGCAACUCCAUCCUCAAAAUUCUGAAAUUAUGAAAAUGGACCUUUCUGAUUCUUCAAAACCAUUACAGCAACAUCUGACAACAAAGGGCCAUUUUAGUGAAACAACUCAACAUGAUUCAAAGAAUCAUUUUGUUUCCCUUGGAUCAAUAUGUUUCCCAGAGGCAAUGCUCCUCAGUGAUGAGAGAAAUAUUUUAUCAAAUGUAGAUGAUAUCUUAGCAGCUACAGCAGCAGCUUGUGGGGUCACACCUUCUGAUUUCUCCAAGUCAACUUCAAAUGAAACCAUUCCUGCUGUUGAAGAUGGUGAUUCUAAAUCUCAUUUUCAGCAGUCAUUAGAUGUUGGACAUGUGACAUCAGAUUUUAACUCCAUAGCAGCUACAGUAGGAAAGCCACCAAAUAUAAAUGAUAUUUCCUUAAAUGGAAAUCAAAUUACUGUAAACCUUUCACCAGUACCUACUCUUCAGUCAAAGAUGACUCUUGAUCAACCGCAUGUUGAAGUACCUGGUCAAAAUAAAGCUUCUAAAGUAACUUCAUCAGUGGUCGGACCAGGUCAUGAAGUCCAGGAGCAAAGUUCUGGUCCAUUCAAGAAGCAGUCUGCAACCAGUCAUGAACCUGAAGAAGACAGCGAAGUUGCUGUUGAUAGUACAUUAAAUAAUAACAGAAAUCAAGAGUUCGUUUCUAGUAGUAGAAGCAUAAGUGGAGAGAGUGCUACAUCGGAGAGCGAAUUCGCUUUAGGCGGUGAUGACAGUGGUGUGUCGAUGAACUCCUCUAGGAAUACACUUGCAGUGUUGGCCAUGGCCCAGCCUGGGGAGCCAAUCAGUGUCAAGAUGGAAGAGGAAAACCAAGAUUUAAUGCAUUUUAACCUCCAGAAGAAGAAGACUAAAGGAAAAGGGCACACAAAAGAGGAAGACAACAAUCAUCAGAAACAGCUGAAAAGACCUGCCCAAGGCAAACGCCAGAAUCCAAGGGGAACAGAUAUAUAUUUGCCGUAUACUCCCCCUUCCUCGGAAAGCUGCCAUGAUGGUUAUCAGCAUCAAGAAAAAAUGAGACAGAAGAUCAAAGAAGUAGAGGAGAAACAGCCAGAAGUCAAAACUGGAUUUAUUGCCUCUUUCUUAGAUUUUCUGAAAUCUGGGCCCAAACAGCAGUUUUCCACUCUUGCUGUGAGAAUGCCUAACAGGACUAGGCGACCAGGAACACAGACCGUUCGUACAUUUUGUCCACCACCACUUCCAAAGACUGCAGCUGCAACACCCACACCGUUAGUGUCUGAGGUUGGGGCUAACAGUCCAUCAGAAAAACUUGAUAACGAACUUAAAAACUUGGAACAUUUAUCUUCACUUUCUUCUGAUGAAGAUGAUCCUGGAGUAUGCAGUCAUGAUAUUUACAAAAGCAGCUCUACUACCUUGAAUACUUUAGACGCUACUUCUGAUAAAAAGAAGAAAACAGUUUCAGAAGCCACACAGGUGGCAACUACUAGCACAACUGCCAAUGCUACCUGUCCUGCUACUACUUCCUCCACCACGGUGGGUGCGGUUAAGCAAGAGACUCUCUACUCCACUCCAUCUGCAGUAAACACCCCAGAAAAGAUAAACUCUUCAGAACCCCCAAAGUCCACCGAACUCGACGGUCUUCCUUCAGACCAGUUUGCAAAAGGACAGGACACUGUUGCCAUAGAAGGUUUUACAGAUGAGGAGGACGCAGAAAGUGGAGGAGAAGGCCAGUACAGAGAGCGUGAUGAAUUUGUGGUAAAGAUAGAAGACAUAGAGACUUUUAAGGAGGCUUUAAAAACAGGAAAAGAACCCCCAGCUAUUUGGAAAGUACAAAAAGCUUUAUUACAGAAGUUUGUUCCUGAAAUUCGAGAUGGGCAAAGAGAAUUUGCUGCUACAAAUAGUUACCUUGGAUAUUUUGGAGAUGCAAAGAGUAAAUACAAAAGGAUAUAUGUGAAGUUCAUUGAAAACACUAACAAAAAGGAGUAUGUCAGAGUGUGUUCCAAAAAGCCAAGAAAUAAGCCUUCACAGACUAUCAGAACUGUUCAGGCUAAGCCAAGUAACAGCAGUAAAACUUCUGAUCCUCCAACACCAAAAACUGCAACAGCAAAAGCCCCUUCCAUGAAACCCAAAGUUAAACAGCUAAAAGUAAAGGCUGAGCCACCACCAAAGAAAAGGAAGAAAUGGAAAGAAGAAUUUUCAUCAUCCCAGUCUGACUCAUCUCCUGAGAUCCACUCUAGUAGUAGUGAUGAUGAGGAGUUUGAUCCUCCAGCUCCCUUUGUCACUCGGUUUUUGAACACAAGAGCAAUGAAGGAAACCUUUAAGAGUUACAUGGAAUUGCUUGUCAGCAUUGCUUUGGAUCCUGACACAAUGCAAGCGUUAGAGAAGAGCAAUGAUGAGCUACUUUUGCCUCAUAUGAAAAAAAUAGAUAGCAUGCUGAAUGAUAACCGAAAGAGACUUCUUUUGAAUCUUCAUUUGGAUCAGUCAUUCAAGAAUGCCUUGGAAAGUUUUCCUGAACUAACAAUAAUUACUCGAGACUCUAAAGCAAAAAGUGGGGGAUCUGCUAUUUCUAAAAUCAAAAUGAAUGGCAAAGCUUAUAAUAAAAAAACUCUAAGAACUUCUAAAACAACUACUAAAUCUGCACAAGAGUUUGCUGUUGAUCCAGAGAAAAUACAGUUGUAUUCUUUGUAUCAUUCACUCCAUCAUUAUAAAUAUCAUGUUUAUCUGAUAUGUAAAGAUGAGAUUUCUUCUGUGCAGAAAAAAAAUGAAGAUUUAGGGCAGGAAGAAAUUGUUCAGCUUUGUAUGAAAAAUGUAAAAUGGGUAGAAGACCUAUUUGAAAAAUUUGGAGAACUUUUAAAUCAUGUACAGCAGAAAUGUUCCUAACAUUGCCACAAAAAUUCCAUCUAUUUUCUGGCAUUAAUGAGAUGGCAGAGGCAGGUGGUCAAAGGGGGUCUAGAAACCUCAGAUAAUUGAAUGUCAAGCAGUGGUCUUGUGUAGGCACGCCUGCUUUGACCAUGAACUUGCAUCAUGGCCUCUGCUAAAAGACAGUGGUGCUGCCAAGGAAGUCAGUCCUUCGGAAAUGAACCUAAAUGUCACCACAUUUUUAUCCUGAUGAAUGAUUUUUCUAUUUUGUAAACCAUUGGGUAACUGAGUUUUAUUUUCAGAAAUGUUUUUUGACAAAUGAUGAAGCAUGCACUAAAUAUAAUUUUUCUUUAUUGCUAGAGAGAUAACACUUAAGUAACUUGAUUAUUUUUUUCCUGACUCUGACCAAACAACAGAAUGAAAGAGAAGCGGCAGAAAGCAUAUGUUUAUCUUCAUGUCUGACCACAAAAUGGAAAGUACUGUACAUUAUGUAAGCAGAUCUGGUGUGAUGUGACAUUCUGUAUGAGAAUAUCAUCAGUUUAAAAAUGUAAAAUUCAGAAACGGCAUUCUGCUUUAUGAACUUUUACUCUUAACAUGUUCAGGAAACUGGAUGUGGAAUUGGUGCAAUUCUAUGACUGCUUUUUGUGUCAAAUUAUAUGGUGAUGAAAAAACAAUGACAUACUAUUUUCCCUAUCUCAAAAGAAAAGUAUUUUCCUUUAUACCAUUUUUCCUUUGGAAAAAAUUUCAAUUGUACAUUUUAUUUCACUAAUAGUUGUAUUUUUCACAAGGAAAAUGUUGUGGUUAUAAUUAUGUUUGAUGUAUCUGUACUACACUUUUCAUUAUUUUCAGUAAAUCUUAUUUAGUUAUAUGUUGAAUUUCUAUUGUGAAUUUAUCUUGAGGUAACCCUCUUUGUUUAUACAGAUUUACUUCAGUGUUUUCCAGAAUAUGCAUUCAGUACUAGAAUUAGUUUAGCUUUAUAAAUGGGGUUGUGUUAGACACUGCAGUCAUUUUCUAAUUCAUAAAAAUAAAUUUCUUAGUAAACUAGCACUUGGUUAACUGAUUUGUCAAAAUUAAAAUUAACCACAUUCUACAUUUUGAAGAAUGAAACUACAUGCAGUGUUAAACACAGCAGACCUGACUCAGAACUGGAAGUGGUAGAAUCCUCCUUUUGGUGCCUUUCCAACCUUUAUACAUGCUAUUGUAGCUCUCUUUAGUUGGAUAGCUAGUGUUUCUUCAAGUAGUUUAGCUGAGACCGUGAAUGUAUUAGGUUCAACAUGACCUUCUGUUUUUAUUUGUGUUUGCCAACAGGAUGCCUUAUUUGUUUGAGAAAAAAAUUUUUACUAGUGUCCUUCUAAGUGAUCUCCUUUUUUAGGAUUCUAAAGAAGUUGUUAAUCAUCAUACUUGUGUUUAUUUUACCACCAUUUAGUGCCUUAAGUCCUAUCAAAAAAGCAGUGUUACUGCUCAGUGCCCAAAUAAGACAUGCUUACGUGGCUAUUGCUGUUGUCUUGAUUUUGAGUUAACAGGCCAACUUCUUACACUUAAAACCUCAGUAAAUUGGCAAAGAAUUAAAGGUAGCAUGUAACUUGAUUUGAGAAUCAAACAAAGUAGCAUUGGGUGGAAAUGGAGUAUUUGAGUUAAGCUUACAUAUUUAUUUCUGACGGUUAUCUUACUGAAAGCAAUAAUCCUUAAUCUAACAAUCCUUAUACCUGUUGUUAGACAAGAUAAUCAUAGAAAUUUCUCUCAAGAAUUAAAUGUUCCAUUUCUGAACAUUUAGGCAGCUUAUUUUGAAAGCAAAAGUAACCUAUUAGAUACAUUUUGCCUAACUCCAAUAAGAGAGUGUCAGCACUGAGAGCAGCAUAAAAUUAAUUUAGCUAAGUGGAGAACAGUAGGAAGCAGCCAUAUUUCUUUCUGAUACUGACUCUGGACAGAAUUGGUUUCUUUCAUUUCCAAAGUGCAGAGUAGAGAACUACAUCACCUAAUGUAGGGUUGUAAGUAUACGUCUUUAUGUUACUUCCCACAGCUCAUUUGCCUGAAUUAUUAAUGAUUUAAACAUUUUUAAAAGCCAUCCUGCAUUUAGGUAACUCUUGAAGUACAAGUUUGAAAUCACUAGCCACAGUUCCUUCAUCAUAAGGCCCAUGGAACACAGAGACAUUCCUUGUUUCCUGUACAAAAUAAUCCAUUUCCUUUCCAAUGGCAGUUGCCCUUCAGUUGUUUGCAGUUGUAUUCAUAUUAGAAAACGAGUGUUUUCAUUAAACCAGAGGCCAAGUCUAUGAUACUGCCUGAAGGAAACCCAGUUACUUUGCACCAUCUUCUCUCAUUUGAUCCAUAUAGCAUAGGCAAAGACAUCAAACUCAGGCCUUAGUGAAGUGGGACUAUUACCAUGACAUCCAUACACAAGUCCUUUCUUUGUAUGAAACUGAAUAAAUACCUAGCUGGUUAGCAUUCACAUUCCUUGCCAGGGAGUUUGAAAUGUGUAAUAUAGAAAUAGGCUUAGGUCGUAAAUAGAGUUCAAGAGAUAAAGCACAUGUUGCCACAACCCAGGAAAACGUGUUUAAGAAAGAUUGGAUUUUCGUACCUACAGAAACCUAGACACAAUUUACUAUUUUUAAAAAAAUCAUUUUGUUUUGGUAUUUACUCCUAGUUCAGAUUAGUGGUUAGAGAAGGGGCCUCCUUAUUCCCAUUUUCAUGAUGACCUAGUUUCUACUUAAUUGAUCUAAUGAAGUCAUAAAUUUAUAAUGACUUAUGAAUUAUAGUAAACAAUAGAAACUACCCACUUUUGUAUUAUACUAUCAAAUAGAAAACAAUGAUGAGAUAGAAAAAUCUAAAUUUAAAAUGGCUUAGAAAAUAUUCAGGUUAUCUUUAAAUUUCUGAAUUUUGUCUAGUUUCUAAAACAGUGAAAAUUAUAGGUGAUUCACACAUCCCUUACUGUUUUUGCAAAGUCUCAGUUUCCUUUUAAUAUAUGUAUUUAUUUUUGUUAAAACAGCUAUUUUCCAACCUGUGACUUUGGAGAUACACCCAUAAAACUAAUAUGGCAGCAGGGUUAUUGAAUCAGCUUUGGGUCCCAGAAGUUGCUUCAGAUGUGCACGUUGUGAAUUUUAUUGUAUCUUAUAGAAUAUAAUUUUUGUUUUAAACUGUAGUUCCAUCUAUUUCUCAGAAAUACUUUUCAAAGAGUGAAAAAUUCCAGGAUAACUGCUUCUGUGUCAAUUACGCUUGACACAUAACUGCACAAAUGAACAAUGUACACUAUUAGUUGUACAUUAACUUACAUGUACGACUUUUGGCAUCUGUGUUCACAAAUGCAUGUUUUCUCAAAUCACCGUUAUUUAUAAGUGACAAUAAUUGAGGUUAAGGUUACAAAGAAACCUGCAUUUGUAGUCCAGAGUUUUAAGUGGUCCAUAAUACAAUGUACGGAAAUGUGAAAGACAAUUUUGUAUAUUUGUUUGUUACUAACUCAGAUCAUUAAAAUGAAAACAAUUUUUUAAACAACAAAA